GGCUCAAUACUAGGGACUAGUGCUCACCUCGUAGCCGUGAGCAUCGCAAGGCCAACAAUAGGUGUUAGCCGAAUCCAUCCAUUCUGGAAUAUAAGAGGGCUGAGGGGGACAAGCUUGGUCGGGGCCCUGCUUGUAUUCCAGCACAAGCCAGCCAGCCAGCCAGUCAGGUAGCCAGCAUUUUGGACUGAUACAGCUGCAAACAGAGGCUACCAAAGUCACGCCGCGCCCUCGUCACGCACACCUCAUCGCGACCAUGCUGCACCUGCAACUUAAAGCUGCAUUGAACCAGCGCCGCAAAAAAGGUUCCCUUCGCGCUCUCACCGUCUUUCCUUCCAUCACCUCGUCCGAUAAGCGCAGAGGAACCAAGUCAUCUGCAAGCCUAGACGGCACCUCGAACAACAAAGCCCAGCUUGUAGACUUCUCUAGCAACGAUUAUCUUUCCCUCGCGAGCUGCGAAGAAGUGAGGAGCAACUUUUUGGCAAGAGUUCACAAAGCCGUCAGCACGGGCGAGGGAGUGAUGGGAAGCACCGGGAGCCGACUCCUAGACGGCAAUUCGACGGCUCAUGUGCAUCUGGAGAACCGCCUCGCUCGUCAUUUUGAUAGCGAAGCGGCGCUGCUUUUCAACUCGGGCUACGAUGCCAAUACUGCCCUGAUGGCCACGCUGCCGCAGCCGGGCGAUGUGAUCCUGUACGACAGUCUGGUUCAUGCCAGCACGCACGAUGGCAUGCGCUCCUCUCGAGCAGCACGCCGUAUCAGCUUUGCACACAACUCGCCGAAAGACUUCGAGCGUGUCCUUCGCGAUGUGCUGGCUCCUCCGACAAGCGUGCUCGAAGCUCUCGAUCGCGCUGCAGCUGCCAAGACUGUUCAGCUGUCCUCGGAUCUGCGCAAUGGAAAGGUGAACGUCUUCAUCGUUGUGGAGGGCGUUUACUCUAUGGACGGCGAUGUCUGCCCACUUUCCGAGCUCAUGGACAUUGCCGAACGACUUGUACCUAGAAGCGAAAAUAGGCACUUUAUCGUCGAUGAGGCUCAUAGUGUAGGCGUAUACGGCCCAAGAGGAGAAGGUCUUUGCUUUCAGCUCGGCCUGCACAAGCACAUUUCCGUGCGACUAAGCACUUUUGGAAAGGCUUUUGCCAGCAGUGGAGCUGCCGUGCUAUGCUCCCCACUCAUUCGCCAAUUCUUGCUCAAUUAUGGUCGUCCACUGGUCUUCUCCACCGCUCUAUCAUUCAAUACCGUCAUGUCGAUCGAGUGUGCGCUCGACGCGCUGCAGAAUCGAGCAGAUGCAAGACUGCGUUUCGAAAGGCUGUUCGACAACACCAUGGCAAUGAUACGAGGACUCGUAAACGCCAUCGAGACGAACAGCAAUGUCGACGAUGUCAAUACUGACCCACAUGAACGUCGAGCUCGACUUCCCUUGGCACUGACGCGCAGCGCCGAUCCGGCGCUCGCCGCACUGCCUCCCUCGCCGAUCAUACCCCUCUUGAGUCCCCAAGCUGCUCAGCUGGCUCAGCACCUCAGAUCUGCAGGCUUUUUGGUGCGCACUGUCAUGUACCCCACGGUGCCCAAAGGUCAAGAACGAGUGCGCAUCUGCAUUCAUGCGGACAAUACGACAGAAGAUAUCAAGCUGUUUGUAGCUACCGUCAAGCGAUGGUGCAAAGAAGAGGAUCAGGAGAAAUCACAAAAAGAUGCGGAAGGAGGUAAAGAGGAGCAGCAAGCGCUCCAUUCGUAUCCGACGGCGCCCGAUGCCAAGCAAGAGUCAUCAUCGUCUGCUAAUACGCUGCGCAGCAUGAGUUCUGCACGCUGGUCCGCAAUGCCCAAAGCGCAACGCAUGAAGAGUCGCCUGUAAAACUCAAUGUCCACGAACGUCAAGCCGGCAGCCAAUAAGCCUUUUGCUCUCGGUUAUUUUGUACGCGAGCGCAACAUAAUCCAGGCUGUCGUGCAUCUUCAAAAAU